AUGCAUGCCAAUUAUUUGAAAUUUCAAUCUGAUAGGGAUGUAAGCACACGAGCUCUUUCACAGCAGGUUUCUGUAAAAAGUAUCCUGAGGUACAACCAAUGUCAGAAACAGGCAGUCGUCGCAGGCUCCCCUUACAUCUGUUCAUCCCUGCCAAUGAUUCCGAGUCUCUCUUGGAUUCAAGAAGCUGGUAUGAUAGCCUCAGAGAAACAUUUCAUUGGCAAUGAGCAAGAAUACGGCCGAAACCGUUUGGAUUCCAACUGA